AGUCGUUGGUUGCGCGUAACAUGCAACACAGUGGUUUGCUAUUGUUGAGUUUUAUUGAUUAUAUAUAGAAAAUUAAUUUACUACACAUACGUGAAAUUAAGUGACCGUUCGCAAUGUAUAUCUACGAGCCACCAACUAAAAACUCAUUUACCACAGUGGAAGAAUUCCAAGAAGCCUUCAAUCUUUUCGACAAUCGAGGUGAUGGCAAAAUCCAAUUGAGUCAAGUAGGUGAGUGUCUGCGUGCACUAGGUCAAAAUCCCACAGAAUCGGAUGUGAAAAAAUGCACUCACCAAUUGAAGCCGGACGAGCGCAUCAGUUUCGAAGUUUUCCUACCCAUCUACCAGGCGAUCUCGAAGGCGCGUUCUGGUGAUACUGCUGAUGAUUUUAUUGAAGGUCUGCGUCAUUUUGACAAGGAUGCAAGCGGUUUCAUUUCCUCAGCCGAAUUGAGACAUCUUUUAACUACGUUGGGUGAGAAAUUGACCGAUGAAGAGGUUGAACAACUAAUGACUAAUCAAGAGGACACACAGGGCAAUGUGAACUAUGAAGAAUUUGUGCGUAUGGUCAUGAAUGGUUAAGUGAAAAUAUUGUUCGCUUAGCAGUGACCGGCAUUUAAGUAAAUAAUAAAGAAAAAAAAGAAAAACGUCUAUAAUUUCCCUAACAUGCCUACCUGUUUCCAUAUUAAUGAACCCAAUAUACCUAAAUCGCUAAAUAACAAAAAAGUAAUUAAAAGUAAAUAUUUAUAUGAUACAGAAAGUAUUCCAUGCGCAUAUGCAAGUACAUAUAUACAUACAUAUGUAGAGAAUUUUUAUUGAAUAAAAGUAUUGUAUUGCUGUUAAAGCGCAACGCAGUUGAUAAUAUUAUAUAUGUAUGUAUAUUUAUAUGUUGCGCGCGUCAAUGCAACAUUUGCAUAUUCCCCACUAACGCAAAGUUGCAAAAAUAUAAUAUUUAAACUUAUAAUGGCGUAUUAUUUACAUAUGUUUGUAUAAAAAUAAAAAUAUUGAAUGUUUUUUGUACACAAA